UUUACCCUCCAAAAUUGGAUAUAUCAAAAGAUGAUGGCGCAGCUGGUUUAAAUGCCAUUAUUAUUGAGGAGUCAAGCAACUUCACCUUAGCAUCAAGUUAUGCUAAGGUUGAUCAACAACCAGAAGGUGGGGCUUUGCCACUUGAAGAGUCGGUGCAAAAAGUUAAUUCUGAAGAACGUUUGAAAACGUUACCAGAAAAGCUUGUAGAAAUCAAAAAUAUGGAUGAACAUUCGGUAUCGGAAGUCAUGCCAGAUAAUGUUGAAACCGAGGAAACGUUUAUGGACGAUUUUAUGGAUCAAACACCUGUCCCAUCUACAUCCCAGGAGCAGGAUGUCCUAAACCAGACUUUUACUUAUCGUGAUAUCCAGUCUGCAUCCGUAGCACUUUCGGAAUUUGAAAUUUUAUUUUCAAAAUGUGUAUUUUACCUUUCUCGCGAGGUUCCGAAAUAUUCCUUAGAGUUUAUCAUACGCUCAUUUGGCGGUCAGGUCGGCUGGGAUGACACAGUUGGUGUAGGAUCACCGUUCAAGGAAGAUGAUGAACGGAUUACCCAUCAUAUCAUCGAUCGUCCAAUUAUUAAAAAUCUAUUCUUAUCACGUGUAUACGUUCAGCCACCCCGGGAACUAAAAAGAGACAACGAAGUGGUCAAAGAAAAGAAAUAA